AUGGCAUCAGAACUGGCAAUGAGCAACUCCGACCUGCCCACCAGUCCCCUGGCCAUGGAAUAUGUUAAUGACUUCGAUCUGAUGAAGUUUGAAGUGAAAAAGGAGCCGGUGGAGCCCGAUCGCAGCAUCAGCCAGUGCAGCCGCCUGAUCGCCGGGGGAUCCCUGUCUUCCACCCCGAUGAGCACGCCUUGCAGCUCAGUUCCCCCGUCCCCAAGCUUCUCUGCGCCCAGUCCGGGGUCCGGGAGCGAGCAGAAGGCACACCUGGAAGAUUUCUACUGGAUGACCGGUUAUCAACAGCAGCUGAACCCGGAGGCUUUGGGUUUCAGCCCCGAGGACGCCGUGGAGGCGCUCAUCAACAGCAGUCACCAGCUUCAGACCUUCGAUGGCUAUGCUAGAGGGCAGCAAUUUACCGGUUCAUCCGGAGCAGGAGGCACCAUGGCCGGGGAGGAGAUGGGAUCAGCCGCCGCGGUGGUUUCCGCUGUUAUUGCGGCUGCCGCCGCUCAGAACGGGGGACCUCACCACCACCACCACCACCAUCACCACCACCCCACGGGGCACCAUCAAACUACCGGGAUCCAAAACAAUGGCAACUCGGGAGGAAAUCACCAACAUAUGCGGCUCGAUGAUAGAUUUUCGGACGAACAGCUGGUGACUAUGUCAGUACGAGAGCUCAACCGGCAGCUACGGGGGGUCAGUAAGGAAGAAGUCAUCCGGCUCAAACAGAAGAGACGGACCCUGAAGAACAGAGGCUAUGCCCAGUCGUGUCGCUUCAAGCGGGUCCAGCAACGGCACCUCCUGGAGGGAGAGAAGACCCAGCUUAUCCAGCAAGUGGACCACCUCAAAAACGAGAUCUCCAGGCUGGUCCGGGAGAGGGACGCCUACAAGGAGAAGUACGAAAAGCUAAUCAGCAAUGGCUUCAGAGAAAACGGCUCCAGCAGUGACAACAACCCUUCGUCUCCGGAGUUUUUCAUUGUUAGAAAUGGAAAGAACGAGACUGCCAUUCAGCCCCAUUCUGACCCCACUCUCCACAAGUUGGGUUACCCUUUGAGGCACGGGACGUUAUUUAAUGGACUGCAUACAUUGUUAUAAAAAAAAGACAAUAUAUGUCAUUGUUCACCCAUGCAUGCUGGUCAUGUGCGGUAUAUCUUAUUUUUGUGUUCCAAUAAACUUUCAUGGAUGGCUUCAGCAUGACAUCCAUAACUUCAUGUUUAAUUGACACACACUUUUUGGGGGAUGUUCUGCAAAAAAGUGUGUUACAUCCUCACCCAUUUGUUCACCAGACACCCUCUCCUACUUUGAGAGCGACCAUUUUGUACAAAGUUGUGUGACUUCAGUGAUGUUGUCAGGGCUCGGAGCAGAAGUGGAUCUCACAAAAGGAUUAUGGUUCGAUGGGAAGAAAAUGAUUCAGAAGGCACAUGAUCAAUUGAUAACCCCACUGAUUGACUCCAUUUAUUGUGAACCUAAAAUCAUUUUUGUCAAAAAAGUUAACAGUUGCGGCCAUUGCGCUUGCCUCUUGUUCUUAUGGUAUUGGUGGACACUGUGUUUAGUCCUGUACUGUAUAUUGAUUUUGUUAUGGUACAUGAACUAGAUGGCCCUUGUGUGUGUGUGUGUGAGGCGAUUGUAAUAUUUCUCUUGUACAAUAACAUAGAGUAUGGAAUAUAAAUAAGGUGCUGCGCUAUUUCAGCGUCUCAUCCCAUGCGCAAAAUGCGGAACAAUCUUGCUGUUUAUAUGAUGCCAGUUUUUUACCAUUUGUUAUUACGUAUUGAGCCAAGUGCUACUGACAGACUUACGUGUGAUAAAUAUUCUGACGUUUUACCCAAGCACUACCGGUGAUAUUUGGUUGUGUGUGUCGACUUAAUUAUGAAAUCUGAAAUCUGUGUCAGUAUGUCUUUCAAAUUCCCAUCAAGUGUCAUUUCUCAUGUCACCGAAAAAUUGGCAUUAUUUGCUACCAUGGUGUUUCAUAUCAUGAACAUAAUCCGGAUAAAUAAUGCUACACUGGUUGUACACAUUGAAAUGACUAGAACAAAUUAAUAAAUCUCAAAGAAUUGAAAACUACCCUGUCCUCAUGUGUUUUAGCAAAGGCCAAAUUAUUGGUCUUGUGUUUAACAUCAAGAAAAAAUAUUGUUAUUCUAUAAAUAAACAUGAAAUAAAUGCCGUGUAUCAAUUUGAACAAAACGAACGCAGAAAGAACAUUU